GGGAGCCAGCUUGACCAUACAGCUACUCAGAAACCUUGUUUCUAACUAACUGUCCACAACCAGUUUUCUUCUAUCAAGUUGGUUACAUCUGUACAAACUUUUUCUAGGGUCAGUUUCUUAGAAAUAUUUGUCAAAUGCAGAUUUGGGUCUAUGUCCAAAUUCUGCAGCCCAGUCUAUUCACUCCAUGCUGGUUAUUUGAGAACAUGAUCCAAACUUCCAUACAAGUUAAUGAGAAUCUGUCCAUGUCUGUCAAUGCGUUUUGGAACAGACUCUGAGAAAAGACGCUACCAGGGAAGCGUGUUUCUUGGUGAGCAGUCUCAGCACAGGCAGGUGUAGCAAAGGCAGGUGCAUCUGGGGGUGUCCUGAGCAAACAAAGGUUCAAACAUUUUCAGUGAGCAAACAAAAAUGAAAGUAAAUAACCACAACACUGCCCUGCAUGCAAAGAAACCAACAGCUACAGGACUUAGGGAACUAUUACAACUGCCUGUGAUCACCUUGCUGUAGCAUGGUUGGAGUGUUGUAGCCAGAAUGAUUCAGGAAAUAUGCAAGAAGCAAGGUUUCUAUUUUUGUAAUAUCCUUUAUCAGGCCAAAUGUAUAGUUGGGAGAGUUGUCAGACAGGCUUUUGGGCACCGUGUGCCUUUCCCCUUGUCUGGGCAGACCUGAGGAAGGGCACUUUAUGCUUCAAAGUUUGGCUCACAACUCUCCCAACUGUAUGGUUGGUCUAGUAAAAAAUAUCAUUGAAAUACAAAAAACAAAACCCUUGCCUCUGUCAUCAUCUUGGCUUUUUUAUUCCCCCUCCCUGCCUUCCUCCCAAGAACAAUUUUCCUUUCCCUUUCUUGCGCACAUUCCCUUGCCCCGACUCACUCUAGUCUCACUUAUGCUACCUAGGUUAUUCAGUCUUAGCUCAGUGUUUCCAAGAUCACUUGCCCUUCCUGUCCCUAGAGAAGACUUAAAAUUGAAUGUAAACCAAUGGCAUCAUGGGUUUAAAGAUAAAUCAGCUGGGAUUUGACUGCUUCUCUUUUCCACAGGCAUUUCCAGCUAAUGAGGAUGUUGUCACCUUCGCUGCCUGCAACCUUGAUUAAGAACAUGAUGCUAGCCCCUGGCCCACAGCGCAAGCUAGUGGAAACCUGGCAGACAAGGGAGAGGCCUGGGAGCCCACAGAACCUCAAGAAAUUAAACAACCAGGACUUCAACCACCUGAGAAGCUACUACCUGAGCAAAGGGCAGCUAUUUGAAGAUGGCACCUUUCCAGCACAUGCCAGUUCCAUUGGCCCCCAACUGCUCCCUGAAGACACCCUGCGUCAUAUAACAUGGAGGAGACCAAUUGAGAUACAACACAAUCCCCGUUUAAUCAUGGAGGGUGUUAGCAGAUUUGAUAUUGUUCAAGGAGAAAAGAUAGGUGACUGCUGGGUUCUGGCUGCCCUGGGUUCUUUGACAUUGCAGAAGCACUUUCUGGAAAAUGUUCUCCCAAAGGAUCAAGAAUUCCAAGACAACUAUGCUGGGAUUUUCCACUUCCGGUUCUGGCAUUUUGGAGACUGGGUGGAUGUGGUGAUAGAUGACAAGCUGCCUUUCCUUAAUGACAAAUACCUGUUUGUCCACCCUCGGACGAGAAAUGAAUUCUGGCCCUCCCUCCUAGAAAAAGCAUAUGCCAAGUUACGAGGCUCCUAUCAGAACUUGCACUGGGGUUACAUUUCAGAAGCUUUAGUGGACUUCACAGGGGGAGUCCAACUGCACCUUGAUUUGCCUGCCUCCAUUCCUAAGCUGGAGGAGGUACUGAAAGCAGCUGACAAAUCAUGUUGCCUGAUGGGCUGUACCACACCUGGAAAGCAGUCACUUGGAAACACAGAAUGGAAGAAUGGACUUGUGAAAGGCCAUGCCUACACUGUGACAGGGGCCAGAGAGAUACCUUACAAGAAUGGCUCAGAACACAUAAUCAGACUGUGGAAUCCUUGGGGUCAUGGGGAAUGGAAAGGACCAUGGAGCGAUGGUUCUGCCGAAUGGAAUCGAGUUCCAACUGAACAAAGGAGAGCUCUCUGUGAAGAGAAGGACGAUGGGGAGUUUUGGAUGUCAUGUCAAGAUUUUAGAAACCAAUUUUCCAGCGUGUAUAUUUGCAAUAGUACACCAACAUUUCUGGACUUUGGGGAUCAGCAUAAUACAACAUGGUUCAUGGACACACAUGCAAGUCAGUGGAUUCGAGGACUCAGCGCAGGUGGAAGCAAGCCUCAGAAUGCAGAAGCAUUUUCAAGGAAUCCUCAGUACUUCAUCAAGGUGGUAGAUGCUGAUCAGAAAGAGAAUAACGUUGUGGUGUCACUGAUGCAAAAACCUCCCAACAAUGCACAAGAUACACCAAAACUGGACAUUGGCUUUUUCAUUUUCUGGGUAAGCAGAACCAGCCAUUAUGGGCAGCAAGUCUGGCAGUUUAGGUGUGGUUUGGUUUUGCCUCUGUAUAGAUAUUAGAAGCUCAAAUAUGUCCUCCAAUGCAUGUGGGAAGUUUCUGGUAACUUGAGCUAGAAGCAGCCAUUUUACUUCCGUGUAGACUCUGACCUGGUGCAUGUUAGAGUGCCUAUGGGAAGAGGAAGAUGUGGCAGACACACGUGGGCUCACUAAUUCAGUGGGAGCCUCCUGUCUAAAACAGGCAAGGAUGAUUUGCAAUCCUUCAGCAAUGAAUGUUGUGAUUGUCAAGGCAUUGUCACAUAUAUUGUGGAUAUUGCAGCUGGUGGAUUGUAAGUGGCCUUGCCACUGGCCACAGAGGUUUUUAAAACUGGGAGAAUAAAUGACAUCAAGACUGGCCUGAAUCAGACGUCACAUAUGUGCACUCUUGAAUUCGAGGCAGGUUUCACUCAGACCCAAACUCUGAGGUUCAGGAGAGUAAAUGAUGUCAUAAAUCUACCGGUUACUCAUGAAAAAAUAGAGCACUGCUCGUCCCAGAUUUUAUUGCCCAUUAAAAAUCAGCGGCAGUGAUCUCUGGUGAGGAGUAAAAGGUAAUAUAAAGAGCAUCCAUUCAGUGGAACUCCUAAUCCUUGCCCACAAUACUUCAUGUUGUGUAGUUAUUAGUCCUGCAGGAUGCUGUAAGGGCAGUACCUUAAGAGUUACUGC